AUGGCGUGCGUGGAGCGCUGCCGCUGCUGCGUGGACGGCAGGCGGCACAGCAGCAUUCUCUAUAACAUCCUUAGGAGCGAGGAGCGGGCGGCGUCGCCGCCAGGGCCGAGGCGAGGGCGGGCAUCCCGCGGCUGCCCGUGCGGAUCACGAAGGAGGGUGGCCCUGAGGAAUCCGCAAGUAGCAUGCAAGGCGGCCUCGGCCGUGCUAGUGAAGACGUUGCGCUUCGUCCAGAACGUGCCCUGCUUCCAGGAGCUACCCCUGGAGGAGCAGCUGCUGCUGGUCCGGAGCUGCUGGGCGCCCCUGCUAGUGCUGGGGCUGGCGCAGGACCGGGUGCAUUUCGAGACAGUGGAGAGCGCAGAACCCAGCAUGCUACAGAGGAUCCUCACCACUCGGCGGCAGGGCGAGCAGCCCCAGCCGCCCGCACCACGGCCGGGCCGCCAGCACCACGGCGGCGGCGGCUCGCAUCUGCUCUCGGCCGCCGAGAUUCAAGCUAUCAAGGGCUUCCUGGCCAAGUGCUGGAGUCUGGAUAUCAGCACCAAAGAGUACGCUUACCUCAAGGGGACGGUGCUCUUCAACCCAGAUCUACCUGGACUGCAGUGUACACAGUACAUUGAAGGAUUGCAGAGGGAAGCACAACAAGCUCUAAAUGAACAUGUCAGACUCAUUCACAGAGAUGAUGAAGCCAGAUUUGGCAAACUGACCGUUGUUCUGUCCUUGUUAAGAUCUAUUAAUGCUAACGUGAUUGCUGAACUAUUCUUUAGGCCCAUCAUUGGAUCAGUGAACAUGGAUGACAUGCUUUUGGAAAUGCUUUGUGCAAAAUUGUAA